AUGGACAACAACGACGUGUCCCAGCGAUGCAGAUACGCGUACUCGAACUGUCAUCGCCGCCGCGCGGUCAAGAAGGACGGCCACCUCCAUGCCCUAUGUGACCUCCAUCGAGAGAAAGCCAAUGCAUGCCAAAAGAAGUACGCGGCCAAACGCCAGUCAUCACAACAAACCAAGGAACACGAUCAACUCGAUAGCGCCUUCCAUGACCCGGAACUGUUGGAGCCGAUGCCACUGCAGUCGGAUCCAGUCGCGUUCAGCGAAGACGACCGCGAGCUCUUGGGCCACAUUAUGAGCAGCUGA